UAGAAAUAAGACAAACUAUGAUGAAUCUUUCAUCAUUGAAAUGUCUUUAAUGUCUUAUAUAAACAGUUCAAAAUGAGUUCUGGUUGGGAACGUAUACGCUUACGUGUAGAGACAGGAGAGAGUUUAGAGCCUGAAAUGCCUAAAGAUACUCGCACUUUGUCCACUCAUGUUCUGGAUACAUCGCUAGGUAAGGCAGCAGUAGAUGUUCCCUUAUCGGUUUAUCGUCUCUUGGAAAAUCAACAGUGGCAGGAAUUAAAACAGGCCGCAACUGAUAAAGAUGGUCGUGCAAGUCAACUGCUGGAGACAAAUGAUUUUAAGAGUGGAAUUUAUAAACUACAAUUUAAUGUGCAGAAAUACUACGAUAAUUUAGGCGUCGCAUGUUUCUAUCCAUUUAUUGAGAUUGUCGUUAAAUGUGUGGCUGGUCAACAUUAUCAUAUACCUUUAUUGUUGUCUCCAUUUGGCUAUACUACCUAUAGAGGAACAUAAUAAAAUAAUCUAUUAUAAAUAAUAAUUGGAAAA